AUGGAGCCGCUCGGAAAACGAGCUAUACCUCACCUUUGGCGAAUGCCCUACCAAGCCGGAGAUGGGGUUGCUUGUAGCGACCUCGCUGAUGUCCUACUCCCCCCCCAACUCCGUGCUGAUGGCAUGGAGCCUGUCUCGGUGCGAGUUGAGCUCGCCCACACCCUCACCCAACUCGCCAUCCGCGCGGUCCCUAAGUACCGCGAUGCGAAGACGAAGCUGGAAUACUCACUUCUGGAGCUGGAGAAGGAGCUCAGAGAUCGCAACCCCAAGCUAGCCGAACACCUCAAGCCGUUUGAGCAGGCACCCAGGGCGCGCAUGGUCGGGGUGGCAGGGGGCAGUGGCACCCUGGUCGUCACGAUUGCAGACACCAAGUCGGGCAGCACGUCCACCAAGAUGUGCGCCCUCAAGAUCAAGCUCUUCAGCAAGUGGCACUCGAUGGCCCCUUGCCGACCGCGUCCCUCUCUGCCCUUGAUGCUGGAGGUGGGGCCACCCUGCGCCAAUCUGCAAGGCAACCCACAAACACUGCGAGAGCGCCGGGUCGUCCUCAAGGCUGAGGAACUCCCCUGCCCCGAGUCCCACGACCGCUGCCCUAACUGCGGCACCCAAGGACAUCGUGCGAGUUACCCCAAGUGCUCUUGGGCGAAGCACGCGAGGAACAAGAAAUGGCACUCAGAAAACCCUCUGAAAGUGCCUGCAGCGAAGGCAGCAGCGGUGGCCGCGACGGUCACCAAGCGUGCGAGGGCCAAGGGCAGAGCAGAGCUGGCGAAGGGCUCCCGCUUUGAGGGCUUGGAGAUUGAGGGCGAGGCAAGCGGCAUAGAGAUGCUUCCCCCAGAUGCACCGGAACACUCCAUUGAGGAGAUGUAUGCCGAUGAAGGGACGGAUGGGAAUGCUGAGGCCGGCCCCUUGGGGGUAGUGGCUCAGUAA